CUAUUACGCGUGUUGCCGUUUUCGAAACAGAUUUUAGUGAAAGAAUUUUUUCAAUCUACUAUGGCUUGUGGUGGUUUUGCCUGCUCGAAAUAUUCUCUAGCUAUCUUAAAUGUAUUGUAUCUGAUUGUUGCCAUUGUCCUAAUUUCCUUAGCGGGAUAUGCUAAAGCAGUUGCGAUUGUCUCUAGUGUACCGAUUGUUGGCGUUCAGUAUAUGCUUAUUUUAUUUCUAUUGUUUCUCAUCCAAUUCGCUAUUGCUUGCGCCUGUUUGGCUUCGAAUACCUCGCAACAACAAACCAUGUUCGAGAUGGGAUGGAGAAAGUCAAGCAACGAUACCAGAAAUGACGUUCAACGUAACUUUCAAUGCUGUGGCUUUAAAGAUCAGACAAAACUUAUCAACGAUCCGCUAGGUUAUCCUAGUUGCGGAGGACUAGAUUGUUGUAAAGAUUCUAACGACGCUUGCUGCAUAAAGGAUGCAGAAACUAAUAGUACCUUGAGAGAAAAGGGUACAUGUCCGUGCAAACAGACUUGCUUGAAUGUUGUGGGACCCGUAAUGAGCAAAUGGGUAAAAAUUUCAGGUGGAGUUGGAUUGUUCUUUAGUUUCACAGAGAUUAUAGGAGUUUGGCUAGCCGUUCGAUUUCGAAAUCAGAAGGAUCCGCGAGCGAAUCCAUCUGCAUUUUUAUAG